AUGGCACGCUCACUUCCAGGAAUCACCACGAAAAUUGGAAUCUUCUUUCUAGCUAUUCCUCCUUUGGUUCUAUAUUCUCUGCUCCUUGCUGGCUGUACAGUCGGGCUUCCUGGCAUCUGCGUGAAGACAUAUGAAGAGAUCAGAUGCACAUCGAUUGCAAUCUUGUCUCCCGACACCAUCAGAAAACGUCUGGCCAGAGAAGUGCAGGGGGCUCUUCCCGAAUCGCCCGUCAAUGAAGCCGUCAAACUUCAAGCUGUGGUAUUUAUCAACAUCCUUUUGGUGGCAGUAGCAUUAUUCUACUCCAGCCUCAUGCUUGACUUACUCCGGUCCCACAGCUCUAAACGAACACGCAAACUGCCCAUGAAGAGAGAUUCUAGACGCCGCCAGAACUUCUUCCGUCAGGCCUCACUUGGGUGUGUAUACAGUGCUUGUGCUUUUACUCUAGCAGCUGCACUUGCAAUCACAGAAGUGAGCGGCGUAUUCGCUGUUGGUUUCGGAUGCACACAUACGGUUAAAGCCGGAUCUGUCUCUCUGGCUUUACACUGGAUGGUAACUAUACUUUGCUUCUUGGUGUGUGUUGGGUUGACAAUGCUUCGUCGUACGAGGAGUGAUAUCAUUGGGGACUCAACACCGGGCAUGUAUGGGCAAGAUAUUGGAGGACGGGAGUUUCCUUCAUCCCCUGGUUAUGGGCCAAUGGACUAG